AUGGCAUCGUCCGAAGCACCCAGAGUGGUGGAGGAAGAGACGAUGCCUGCUGCCCAGCCAGGGAGGUGGCGUCACAUGUGGGCUCUUCUUCUAAACAGACGCCCUGUUUGGGCAGGCGGGCACCUGCGCUGGCCUGUCCCCAUGGCAGGCCACCGGCCCACGAGUACAAAAGGACAAUUUGAGGUUAACCGAAGCACAGGUGAACCGAGGUGGCAAGCCAAACGCGCCUGCCUUGAGGUGAGCCGACGGCUACAAGAGGCAGCAGACAACCAGUCAUCAUACCGUUACGUUCUGCAUUCCUCCUUUUUCACAGAGGUCACUCGAAGUGGGGUCGAGCAGACUUUUGACCUUUGGAAAGCCGAAAAAGGAAUUCAACCAGAAACUAACGCUGGACAGAAACACACAGACGCAGAGACUCACACCCACAUCGGCCGACAGCCUACAGAAGAGUAG